AUCUGAACCUAUUCCGUGGACUGUGUACUAGUUUUCUGACAUUAGUUUUCUGUCCUCCGCUGUUCUGUAAGCAAGUCUGUUACCUGCUUACAGGUGAAACUUAGCAGACUUUCUCUCAGUUCUAAAUGAAAGCUGUAAUUCUCGCCGCCGGGUACGGUACCAGGCUGCAGCGGGAUGUGGUGGCAGACAGCAGCGGGAGGUUCGCUCACCUGGCCGGUGUUGCCAAGCCGCUGCUGCCGGUGGGACGAUGUGCUCUGAUAUCACACUGGGUCAAUGCUCUGACCUCCUCUGGGUGUGUGGACGGCAUUUAUGUUGUUACAAACGCUCUGUACCACGCUGCGUUUGAAGAGUGGGCCUCACAUUUCACAAAUGUCAAGAUUCUCAGCGAUGGGACAAAAAGCAACGAUGAGCGUCUUGGUGCUGUGGCCUGUCUGCAACUGGCAGUAACGCACUUCAACAUCAAAGACCAUGUGGUUGUUAUUGGAGGCGACACACUCUUUAAAGAAGACUUCAGCCUCGGUGAAGUAAAGAAGAGAUUUUCUGACCUACAAGCAAAGUGUGAGGACGACUGUCUGGUGCUGUCUUAUCAGUGCAAAGAAGAGGAAACUCGUAAAUAUGGGAUUUUGGAAGUGGCCGGUGAUCUGCGCGUCCUGUGCAUGAAGGAGAAACCUCUUCCUUCUGAGACAAAGUCGAGGAGAGCUUGUCCCUGUUUCUACGUGUUUUCUAAGAAAAGCCUUCCCCUGCUGGACACCUUCAUGGAGGAAAAGAAGGAGGCUCCUAUUGAGGAGAAAGAUGCUCCAGGAAUCUUUGUGUCGUGGCUCAUUCCCAGGAAACCUGUUUACAUUCAUGAGAUCUCUGGGCGUUUUGAUGUCGGAAACCUGCCCUCCUAUAUCGAAUGUGACCUUUACUUCAAAGAAAAACAAGAUGUCGACUCUUACAUGGUGUAGAAAAUCUGCCAUAUUUAUUUCACCUUGAGAUCAAGAUAACCCCAAUCAAAUAUGAAAUCUUAGUCCAAGUAAAAAAGAAAAUCUGAAAUAAUAAAUCAAGAAUUACACCUGUAAAUAUACCUUUUAAUAUUAUUUUUGAUGUAAUUUUAUAAUGAACAUUUUCUAUUAAAAUGAUUUUCAUACAGUC